UUGCUUCUUCAAACAACAGCCAUCUUUCUUCACCCUCUCAUAUCUUCUUUUAAAGUCGUAUACUCUCUCUGCAUUCACCAUGAGCUUCCACCUGAGUGCUGAGGAUAUCGAGAUCAGGGAUAACCACAUCCUCUUCGCGCGUCUUAGGAACGAAGAGGGAGAGCUCCAAGAGUCGGAGAUCGACUUGGAUGAGUUCCUCGGAAACAACGACGGAUCCUUCGAAUGGGACGGCGAGAACUUCUCCGGGUCGGCCGAAAAUGUCAGAUUCGAGAUUGAAGGAGACGGCGAAGUGCCGGUGCUACGCGCCGGCCUGUUCAAUCAAGAUGGAGAGCCAGUUGAAAGCGAUGUUAACCUUUCUGAGCGGGUCAUCAAUGAGAACGGGGCCUUUGUCUUUGUAUGAUGUUUGUCUGAUAAGCUAAUUAUCUAUCCAUGUACGAUGGUAGUACAAUUG